AUGAGCCGCUGCUGUCUCCAUCUGGCUAUCGUUUAUAGCCUGCUGGCCGUGUCCUACCGCUGCUUGCAAGUGGCAGGGCGACGGCCAUCAGAUGGAGACAAUCCUCAAGCCAAAGCUGCCAACAAAGUGUUCGCCACUGACGCUGAUGCUGGAAUCAAUGGGACCGUACAGUACUACCUUGGAACCAUUCAGACUGCUUCCAGCUCCUCUGACUACUCCGAAAGGGCGCUCUUCCAAGUUGAUCGUACCAACGGACAGAUUUCCUUAAAAAAACCCUUCUCCAUCUCGGAUGUUGGGCACACAUUUAAUGUGCACAUAGUUGCCAGUGAUAUGGGCAUAAAACCCCUACAGACACAGGCAAUUCUCAAAGUGCUUGUCGACAAGUCAGUGCCGAAGGGCGCAAGUGCCGUCAGACAGUCAGGCUCGCCAGGAUUCAGCAAAUCCAUUUCUGACUCCAUGAUCAACCUCUUCAUUAUCAUCUUCAUCGUUGCUGCAGCCUUCAUAAUAUCAACGGUCCUUCUCACCGCUGUCUGCAUUGUUCUCAGCAAGUCUCGUCGAAACUCAGGCAAUUCGCAUACAAUGCACAAGAAACACAACACGUCUGCCACAAACGAUAGUUCCAUGCAGGACCAACGCAACACUCAUUUCCUACCCGACCUUGGGGCAUUGCCGGCAUCCUAUACGCUUGCACAUGCGGGAGGCAAGGUAUACCAUGCAAUCCCUCUCGUCUCCACUGCUCGCUGGUCUCCCACUUCCUCUUCAUCUGCCGCCCUCGUCUAUGCCACAGUUGACCCAAUGAUGAGUUCUGCUGCUGCAGACGAAUUCGGUGCCCCAUUGAGCGGUCGUCUUGUCACGGGGACCACGGUCACCACAACCGUCUCUACUUGCACGGCUGUUACAUCGCGAGGCGAUCUCAGCAGUUCUGUUUGUUGCGUUGCGCGACCAACCCACGGUCUUUCGCUAACCUGUGAAGACGCCAUCUGGUUGGGGAGUCAGGAGGGACUCUUUGAUAGGCAUGAAAUAGCGGGGAGGCCUGAAGCAGCCGGUUUCAAUGAUCAAGAUAGUGGCCACGGUGACUCUUUGGAUACUAACAGGGCUGCGCUCCUUGUCAAGCCCACUGCUCAUACACGCACUCGAAGCCCUUUUGUAUCUACUUCGGCCCUAGGAGCAAUCACCGACGACGGUGCAUUCCCCCUCCAGUCUCUUCAAGUUCCCGGUUGUAGCAGCUUAAACGCGGAGCACAGGAGGCUGCAAAUCUGGAACGCGCAAGGUGGUUCUCCCACAGCAGAUUGGAUUGCGGCUAAUUUAGAAAUUUCCGGGAGACCAACUAGGUUAGCUCUUGUAGCUGAUCCAAUUGAUCCUAUCUAUGAGUCUGUUGAUGAAGAGGAUCGCAAGAUUCGAUUUCGAGUCAAUUCUUACAAAAGAUGCUUGAAAAUAACCCGGAAAAAGGUCGAAUAUCCUAAUAACGAAUCGGGCCAAGUGAAACCUGAACCAAUCUACCAAGUUGUUUUGCAAAAGCGAAGGCUCCUUAAGGGGGAGGAAGUAAAGAUUGGUUUUAACGAAAAGGCUUCUCAGCGCCUUUUCCUUAUCCAUAUAAGAGAGGCAAUGAAGGAGAAUAAAAGAUUGAAUUCGAGUCGUUUGCAUCGGUGUAAACGGAUGCGAGAUGGUGGGGCUAAUGUACUGCAUUCUUAUGAUAUCAACGAGAUCGACAAAUUUAUGACUGAAAACAAAGUUUAUGAAAAGCAUGACUGGAGUGGGAUGAAGGUGCGCGUCGUGCCUACCGAACUCGCCAUCCGCCUACAACUUAGAGGUAUCUUCUUGCUUGAAAUAAAGGAGUGCGAUAUGUGCCUUUUGGACUACAUCACGAUGUCAGAAGUUAAUAGAUGGCCUUUUAAAUCCAUAAGGAGCUUUGGCUUUAAUGAUGAACGCCUUUACAUUCUAACCGGUAGUCAGUGCAUUGGUGGACGUGGGCUGCUGAUCUUUGAGAGUGAAAAGUGUGCAGAUCUAAUGAAUCGGAUGAUUUGCAUGAUGAAAAGCAUCGCGGGUGAGAGUGAAUCACCGACGGAGGAAGCAGUGUCAGUCGUCCCUUCUUCACAACACUCGACAUCAUUGCAGCUGUCUACGCAUACGGAAGCAUCAAAGAUAGCGCAGUCCAAAGGUGCUCUUUGCAAUCCUCCUCCUAUACCCACAAAAAAGUCGAUGCAAGACCUCAGUGCCAGUCUUCAGGAUUUUUGUCGGGCACAUUGCUGUAGCCUCCCUCCUCUUCGGGGGCGAAACGAGACGCGUAGUGUCGAGGUGGUGACGGGUGUGGAACCUGGGGUCGAGGAGCCUGAAACCAAGAGCCUGGAGGCGACAGAUAUCAACUCCGAUGAUGAUCUCAGUCUUGAUGCCAUGGAUGAUGUGAACGUUGAUUUAGCAUCACUGAAAGAAGACUUGGAACAGAGACUGUCGCCUACUUGUGAAAUUAAUGAGGAGACUAGUAGACCACUGAAUAGUAAUGACGGCACGGUGACUAAUGUUGAUGCACCGAAAGAUCAGCGCAAGUGUACACUUAGAACAUUAAGCUUGAAGAAAAGCCUUUCGGAAUUGAUCUCACAUAGCAUGGCUCGAAUUGAGUCAAUAAAGUUGUCAUCAUCCCCACCUCUCCCCAAUCCGUCGGAACCAGCAACCAUCCUUGACUCACCACAAAAUAUGGAUCAUCACUCUCCUUCCUCCUCCUCCCCUCCUCCUCCUCCUCCUCCUCCUCCUAUCCCUCUCGUAACCGAUUACAAAUCCCAGGGUUUGUAUGAAUCUCGCAGCGCCGAAAAUAACAUCGAUGCGACCGUUCUCCUGAGGGAACAAGGACACUCAAGGCGAACGGAUUCUACAAAGGCCGUGCAGUUGAUAAAAUGGCGUGAUCUGCCUGGGAAAGAAGACUACUAUAGCUCAACAUCGAACCGUUUUCUGACGGAAACUUCAGGGCACAACAGAGAACCAGAUCAACGUGAGAGUGAAGGUGUGGAUCAGUGUCUCACAACCUGCCAGAAUACAGAAUCAUCCUCGAUGCAGGAGGACACAUCUUUUCCUUCUUCUACUAGCACCACCAGAGAUCGCCAAAUGUCGGCUGCGCUUAGAUCGGAUAUGGUUGCAUUUACGUCUUUCUGA